AUGGAGGAGAUAAACGCAUAUGAAAUAGAAGAGAAAUUUGGAUUCUACAGAUACACGGGGAUGGAAGAGAUUCCAGGCUGGCUGUUGAACUACCAGGUCAACAAGUACACAGAGAGCAUGUGGACGUCACUCUACUUCGUGAAGGAGGAUGGAUCAAGUUUCAAAAUUAGUACGAGGUUUUACUGCUCAUUUUUGCUUGAAACAACCGACAAUCACAGCGUAACAGAGAUGCUGCUCAAGAGAUACGAGAAGGUCGUGUACAAAAUUGAAGAAAGAGAAAAAAUCAACUUGAAAAACUACAACCAUCUGAAUCUACCAAAGACAAAAUAUCUCAAGGUGUUUUGCAUGCAUGAAACUGGCAUGAAUGAGUUGUUAAAGGAUAUCAAAGACAUGCUGUUUGAAAAGAGGAAGCACAACUCGGAGACAUUUAGAACAGAAGAGCACAACACGGAAGUGCUUACGUGUAUUACAGGUCACUAUGAAUCAGAUAUUUUAUUUGAUACACAAGCAGCCAAUAAUAUGAACAUUCGAUGUGGUCUCUGGUACAAAGUGCGAUAUGAUGGUGAUCAAUAUGUGAUAAUUCCAGAACCAGACAAUAUGAGCUAUCCAAGAUUAAGAAUUUUUGCAUUUGAUAUUGAGACAUUCAAGUCACCGCUGAUGUUUCCUAAAGCUGAGGUAGAUGAAAUAAUGAUGAUUUCAAUGCGAACAGAGGCAGCUGGAUUUCUGAUCAUCAAUAGAAUGUAUUGUGGCCAGGAAAUAAGCGGAUUUACGUACUCUCCCAAACCAGAAAUGGCGACCGAUUUCGUUGUAUUCAACGAAGAAAACGAGGAAGGUGUUCUGAUCAAAUUCAUAGAAUUGAUUCAGCAAAUCAGGCCACACAUCACAACGACAUUCAACGGUGCAUUCUUUGAUUACGAAUUCAUUGAAAAGAGACUGUGCAAAUUGGAUUUAUCCCUGGAAGUCCUAACAGGAAUCAGAAAAGUUGGAGACUACUACAAUGCAGCACAUAUGGUGCAUUUGGAUUGCUAUCUCUGGGUCAAAAGAGACUCGUAUCUCCCAGCAUCCUCACAGGGAUUGAAAGCAGCCACUAGAGCCAAAUUAAAAUACGAGCCAGAUGAAAUUGAUCCAGAAGAAAUGGUUAGGUGUGCAAUGGAAGAGCCACAAAAGAUGGCAUCGUAUUCGGUUUCUGAUGCAGUUGCAACAUACUUCCUCUACAUGAAGUUCGUACAUUCACACAUCUUCUCAUUGUGCUCACUGAUUCCACUUCCACCUGAUAAAGUGCUCACGAGGGGAUCAGGAAUGCUCUGUGAAGCACUGCUGAUUUCACAGGCUGAGUUGUUUGAUGUGCUGAUUCCAUCAGUUCAAAAGACAGAAAAGCUAGCAUUUCACAAUGGUCGUGUUGUUGAUAACCUGACUUAUGUUGGUGGACAUGUAGAGAGCCUGAAAGCAGGCGUAUUCAGAGCAGACUUCUUACACACAUUCAAAUUUGAUAGUGGAAUUAUCGAAUUGAUCAAAAACAACCUUGAUGAUCUACUUGAAGACUACAAACAGGAACCUGAAUACGGAGACGUAAAGAAGCAACUGAUCUCGAAUCUCAGUGAUUGCAAAGGGGAAAUAUUGGAAGAAGGUGCAAUCUACCAUUUGGACGUAGGUGCCAUGUAUCCGAAUAUCAUUUUGACUAACAAAUUGCAGCCAGUUUCAAUAGUGAAUGAAGAGGCGUGUAUUCGAUGCGACUACAAUGACGAGAGCAACAGGUGCAAAAGAAGAAUGAAUUGGGUGAGUAGAGCGGAAUAUUAUCCACCAACAGCGAUGGAAGUAACCAACAUUGUGGAACAGCUGAAUAAAGAGGCAUUCUACGUCUAUGAAAAUACGAAGAACAAGAAGGUGGAAAGAAAGGUGCCAUUUUCUGAAUUACCCAUUCGAAGACAAACAGCCAUUUUGAAGCAAAGACUUGAUCAAUAUUCAAAGACAAUUUACAAAAGAUCAAAAUGUAAAGAAGAAGUGAUGCAGGGAUCUGUGGUUUGCCAGAGGGAGGUUCCGUUCUAUGUGGACACUGUCAAACUGUUUAGAAAUCAAAGAUACAAAUAUAAGGCAGAACACAAGGCAGCGUGUAAGGUUGCAGAUGAAAAACCAACAAAAGAGAACAGAGACAAAUCAUCAAUUCUCAAUUCACUACAAAUUGCAUACAAAUGCAUUCUAAACAGUUUCUACGGGUAUGUGAUGAACAAGGGAAGCAGAUGGUGGUCGAUAGACAUGGCAGCCAUAACAUGCAGAGUAGGUGGCCAGAUCAUCAUCAAGGCGAAAUCAUUUAUCAACGGAAUUGGAAUUCCACUUGAAUUGGAUACAGAUGGAAUUUGGGCUGUGAUACCAAAUAAGUUUCCAUCAACAAUCAAAAUAGGCAACAGGACGGUGUCACUCCUAAACGAAGCAUUGAACUAUUUUGUAUGCAAAAUGUUUACUAAUGAUCAAUAUCAGGAACUGAUUGACAAUGAGUAUGGAACAAGGCGAGAAAACUCAAUAUUCUUUGAGAUUGAUGGCCCAUACAAAACAAUGGUGAUUCCAGCAUCAGUUGAAGAGAACAGGCUGCUUAAGAAGAGAUACAUCGUAUUUGAUUUCAACAACAACAUUGCAGAAUUGAAGGGAUUUGAAUUGAAAAGAAGAGGCGAAUUGAAGUUCAUCAAGAAAUUCCAGGAAGACCUGAUUCAAAAAUACUGCCUUGGAUCAACAUUGAAAGAGUGCUACAAUGGAUUAGCGGACGUGGCCAAAUACUGGCUCAAUAUAAUCGACACCAAUGGAGCCAAUUUGGAUGACAAAUCGUUGUUUGAAUUGUUUUGUGAAUCAAAGAGCAUGUCCAAGGAUGUAGGUGAUUAUUGCACGAAGAAAUCAAAUAUCCUGAGCACAGCAAAGAAGCUCGCUGAGAUGCUGGGGGAUGACGUGCUUAAGGAGAAGUUAAAAUGCGAAUUCAUUGUCACAAAGUAUCCUGAAAGUGAUUCAACUGCUGAUAGAGUGAUUCCUGUGAUUGUAUUCAAAUCAGCAGAAAAGGAAUAUUACUUAGAGAAAUGGAUUGGAAAAAAGAAGUCGUAUGAAGUUAGAGACCUGAUUGAUUGGGUGUAUUAUAGAAAGAGAUACACUAUGAUCCUACAGAGAAUGAUCAUUGUACCAGGUUACUUUCAAGGAAUACGAGGAUUAUUCAAAAACAUCGAAUGUCUAAAGUGGAUGGGAGAGAAGAAACACGACUAUUUUGGUACAGAAAAAGACAUCGAGGACAUCAAAAUAGACACCACCAUGUUCUAUACCAAGAACAGUAGCAUUGUUGAGCAGGUUGAAUCGGAAGAAGAGAUGGUUGUGGAGGAAUCAGAGCACAAAAAGCCAAAAACAAGCACAAACCCACGAGACUACAAGAAAAUCAGCAAAUACAUCAAGGCAAUGAUGUCAACAUGGACUGAAUUCUACAUCAAAAGAAGCAAAUCAACAAAAAGGGCGUAUAGAAUAGAAGAUGAUGGAACAAAUAUCACAUUUCAUAAUGAUGUUGGAAUAACAACAACGCAAGAACACAGACACAGAUUGAUAUUGGAAGUCAAUGCAUUGAAAUACUUUGAUCACUUACCACGAAAACAGUUUCAUAUGAUGUCAGGUUGUUGCAAGGAAUGCGUAGUGAUGGAAGUCAACACCAAAGAACUCAGGGAGUACACAGAAGACUACUUCUUUGAUCAUUUUAGUAUCAAAAACACCUACAACAACAUUGAUCCAAUUCUGCAGUGCAUAGUUGACAACAAUUUUGAUUUAGGGAUAUUUGAAUAUUUCACGAUCACAUCAACAAUUUAUCAGCAGCAACCAACAUUCUUUGUGACUGAUGGUAAAGGAGAGUUCAAGACGUAUGCAAAGAACAACUUUAUGGCUGGUGUAGGAAGCAUCAAAAUGUUUCUCAAGGACAAUAUCAAAAAAUACAGGGCAGCAUUCACAAAUCCAAAUGACAACAAGGCAAUUGAGUUGAUUCAAAAUAGCAGAGAAUACAUUCCGUUUAUGACAGAUAACAAGACACCGAACAUGUUGGGAACACUCAGCAACCUGGAAACCAUACACAGAAACCUACACCAAAAAAUGAAGGAUUCUGCUGAAAUAGUGUUAGCAUUGAAUCAGCUAACUGGAAUUCCAAUUCAGAACAUCGAUAAGAACAUUGUUCUAGAUACAUUCUUCUACAAGACAAUGAUGAAUAACAACAUAUUGAUAAAACCAAAUACAAACAAGGAAAUGCAGCAACCAUUCAGAAGUGAACUAAUUAGACCAGGAUAUUAUGACAGGUUCACCAUACAAAUUGAAAUCAGUGGAUCAGUGUUAUUUGCAAUCAUAGAAUAUGAUGCAUUUCUUAAGAAUAAGAACUUUGAAGGUGUAAACACCAAAGAGUUUCAGGAAUUGCGUAAUUUCAUCAAGAACCUGGUUCUAAAGAGUGCUGAGAAACACAAGGGAGCAAUGUUUCUACUCAACAAAGUGAGCAAGUGGCUUAAGACAGAAUCCAUCUACGUUAGCAGGGAAUUGAGAGAAACAGUGGAAAUAUUACAUCAGCAAUAUCUGGUGAAUUUGUCACAGAAAUUGAAAGAGAAGCAGAUUGAAACAUUCUGCCUGACGAAGGAAAUACUCUUUGUGAACACGAACAAAAUCAAUCAGGAACAGACAAACAAAUUUAUAGCAUUUUUAUGCAAGGAAAUCAACCAAAUUGAAGGAUACGAAAUGGCCAACAUUGAAGUAGUCAGAGUGUUUGAUAAGAUUGGAUUUGUAUCACCUGAACUGUAUGUGUACGAAAGGAGUGGUAUACACUACCUGAGUGUGGAAGGAUACACGCUACCUGAAAGCAUACUUUCAAUGUAUUUCAGCUCCAAACAGAUCGAUAACUACUCAAUUUAUGACAUCAUUACCAGUAUGAAUGCAGAAUCUGCAAAGCUGCUGCUUAGAAUUCUGUCAUAUAAGCGAGAUACACACGGAUUGGUUUCAAAUUGCUACAAGUUGCUGAAGAUAUCUGAAUUCAAUCAGGCUAAGCCAAUUCAGCUCAAUCUUUCGAUAUUCUGCCAGAAAUGUGAUUCUGAGUGCUAUUUGAGAGAACACUGUACAAAAUGCCUGAGCAAAUUCGAUAGGAAUCUGGUUGAAGAAGAGUGUUUGAAGUAUUUGGAGUAUUGCUGGUAUCAACAGGUUGAAGGAGACAAGUAUUGUACACGCUGUGAUAAGAUUGAAGAACGAAGACUCAAAGAAUACUGCAAUUGUGGUGGUAAGUUUGAAUUCAAGAACUACAUGGAUGAAAUGAUCAGGUUAAACAGCUUCGUGAGGACAAAGAACUUCAACAAGAAGUUUGAGGAGAUUGUGGGAUUUUUCAACUAA